GCAACGCUGUUAAAAAUUCUUUCCCGGUCGACAUCAAUCUUAAAAUGAACAUAGGGUAUCUCAAGGAUAUCAUCAAAAAGAAGAUGGAACCUUAUUUUGAUAAUAUACCCGCGCAUGAAAUAAAUCUAUGGAGUGUGAACAUUCCUAUAGAAGGUGAAGAUCUAGAAACCAAAAUAUACGCCGAAAAUAUCAAAGAACAAUACCAAGAUCUUAUAGAUAAAAAGGUCAUACUUGUUCGAGCACCUCCCUUUUCCGGAAAAACGUCAAUAGCUCAAAUUAUGGAGCAUAGCUUGGUUCACGCGCCAGAAUUUUCAAAUUAUAGAGUAAUACGAGUUUCAUUGCUUUGGAGAUUGCACAUUAGUUGGAGUACAUUUGGAGAGCGAUGGAAAAGUAUUGUUGGUGUAAGUUGGAAAGAGUGGAUAGAUCAGUGCGAUUUAAUUCCAACGAUUUUGAUUCUAGAUGAAGCUCAAUUAAUUUACGCGAAGGAUAAAAAAGUUGAUGAAAAUAAUAUAGAAUCUGCAGAUCAAUUCUGGUUUGUUGUUAAAG